CUUUAAAGGUUCAAGUGGAACAACAAUUUAAUUGCUGUUAAGCUUUUCCAUUUUCUAUUAAUCCUUUUCUUUUUUUUCUGUCUAAACUGUGGUGUUAAUUAACUAAUCAGUGGUUACCAUCAUCUUUAGAAAGGUAAAUCACUUUCAUCUAUUGAUUAAUCAGCAGAGGUAAAAAUUGUUCGCAAUUCAAAUGGAUAGAAAAUCUUUUUGAAACCAAAACAAUAACAAAACAACAAACGAGUGAUUUUUUUUUACAUCAGAUUAAUUUUCUUGUUCCUCAAAGGGAUUAAUUAAGAAGGUUAAUCAAUUUUCUUCUUCUUCAAUUUAAUCUCUAAUAUUUGGUCAUCUUUCAGGUCAUCUCAAGGUUAAUUGAAAUUCUAAUCUAAUUCUUUGUUUGUUUUCUACUCUUUCUCUUAUUAUUCCGCAUCUAUUUUUUUUUCUUCAUCAUCAUCAUCUGUUUAUUGGGUUUUCUUUUUGUUGUUUUCAUGUUUUCUUUUCUUUUCUUCUUGUGAUUAACUUUUUAUCCUCUCUCUCACUGUCAUUUAAUUACUUCUCACUCUUAACCCUUUAUAAAUUGUUCUCUUUUGUCGAUGAAAAUCAUUGACAAUUAAGUCUUGUUCAACAUUUUCUAUUCUCUGUAUUCUUUAAUCUCUCCUGUGGUUGGUGUUUAUGUCUUGUUGAGUAUCUUAAUCAACAUGGAGACUAAUGAUUGUUACAAUUUGGAUACUCGCAAAUUACUCUCAUUAGAAGGUCAAACUUGGUCACAUAUCGAUUUUGGUCUUGACGAGGAUUCAUCUUCAAAUGAUAUUGAAGACAGUAAGAGUGACACAUCUUCCACCAUAACCACUAAUGGUGGGAUUACUUAUAAUUCAUUCGGAGUCAGUGACACUAUGAAACUCAAAGAAGAAGAUAUGUAUUUAUUUGGUGUUUGUCCUGCUUAUGAUCCCUUCUUCUUGGCGGUUUGUGAAUAUUGCGGUCAAGUUAUUAAACCACAGGCCUUGGCUAAACAUAUCGAAUUAAGACAUCGGUCAUUCCCUUCAGAUUCUAUUGAUGGUAAAAGUGAUAAUCUUUCACAUGACCAAUUAGACGACAGUUGUAAUGCUCAAUCUUCAAUCCAUCUAUUACCUGGGAUGAAAGGUAUCACCCAUAGAAUAGGAUCAAAUGGGGAUAAUCUGAAUACCCAUUCCUUAAUCUCGGGCAGAUCGACUCUAUUUUCUAGUGAUAAUAAAAAUGAUAGUAAUAAACAUAUACUAUUGGAAGCAAUACCUCCUGGAUCAUCAUCAUCAUCACCAUUAUCUUUUGGUCAUCCCAACAAUCAAAGCAUCACCUCUGGUACAAGUCAUUUGAAAAGUUCAUCAUCUUUACUAAAUCAAAGUGGAACCAAUUCUCCGUUUAACAAUUUACCUGCGUUAAGUUCAUGUUCAUCAGCUGCUUCCUCACCAAAUUCGUCCAAUUCAUCGCAAACCCUUGUGGCAAAUAAUAAUCAAUUAAACAAUUCUCGAUAUGGUUCAUCUCAAUUAACCGCAAAUAAGACUGAUCUAGUUGGUGGAAACACUUUAGGUUCCAAUGGAGCUAAAACAAAGUCUUCCAAUAAUCUACUAGUUAAAAAAGCUUCAAUUAGAGGUAAAUUGUUACCCUGUAAAGAUCGUGAAUACGAUGCUGAUAAACACUGUGGAGUUAAAAUUGGUGAUAUGGAUAAACCUUGUACCCGAAGUUUAACAUGUAAAACACAUUCGUUAACCUUACGACGAUCAGUUGCCGAGCGGUCGAAAAAUUUUGAUGACCUUCUAACUGAACAUCGAGCUAACAAAGAAGCGGCAUUAAGAGCGGCAGGAAUAGAGGUAAAACCAACGAAACAGCAGCUUAAACAACGAGAACUUGAAGCAAAACGUUUACUUUUACUUCAACAACAACAGCAAAAAAGUCAACCCCAACAAAAGCAACAGAAACAACAACACGCACCAUCAUCACAAUCAAAAUUAGAUCAAUCAAAUUCACAUCAACAACAAGCCAAAUCUAGCAAACAAUAUAACUCAACCCAUCAACAAUCCCAACCACAACAACCACCACACCAUCAUCUUCGUCACCAUUCAAAUCAUAUACAAGAUAAUAUAUCUCUGCCAGUCUCAUCUCAUUCACAUCAUCAAAAUCAACAACAACAACAACAACAACUUAAAGAAAUUAACUCUACCGUUUCUCAAUGUAAUCAAAAUUUAAUGAUCGGUAAACGACUUGAUAAACAUUCACCAAUCCUUGCUAGACAACUAAAUGAAACUAUUGAUAGUAAAAGCGAUACGAAAAGCUCAACACCGCCGCCAAUCCAACCAACACCAGCAAUUAUCCCCUCAACAUCAUCACCAACACCACCAAAUUAUUCAACUAAUCAAUUGGAUAAACCAAACUUUAUCGAGGUCGAUGGUUGCCUUUACCUGCCUAAUCCUCCUAAACCAAUGGCCUUGUGUAACUUUAAUGCUCGUCAGAUAUCAAUUGAACCUCUUAACUGUGAUCAAGAUGAUAGUCCCUGUAACCUUUCAUCCCGUCUCUUCACACGGAAAAGAGACCUCACUUAUUCAGCACUGACUAUUUUUAGGACUCAAUCAAAGACCGAUGGUAGUAAUAGUAGACCUAACAAUCAAAAACUUCUUUCGCUACUAAAUUCAAAUUAAAUUUUCCUUUUCUACUCUUGUGUCUGUAUCUCCACCAUCACAACCACCUCAUCAUCUCCUCUCCCAAUCCUUUACCUUAAUUUUUCACCCAUAAAAAAACAUCUCUUAUCGUUGUCACUAUGAAACAUCAAAUGUACGUGUAAACCUUUAGUCAAUGUGCUUGGUACAAUUUAAAUUGUGUAUGUGCGUGUGUACGUGUUUGCUAUUUUAAUUGAUCAGCUCAACUUACUGUAAUACCAAACACAAGCACUUAAAUUGAACAAAACAAACACACUUUUUACCUUUGUAAAGCAAAUCAAAUCACAGGUACAUUUACCGAUGUAGAUUAGUUUCCAUCCCCUAAUCCUAAUCCUAAUCCUAAUCCACUCUCCAUCCUUCCACUUCCUACUCUUGAUUUCAUUGUAAAUCUUUUUUUUUACAUUCAAAUUGAUUAUUUUUUGUCUAAUUACCAAAAUGAUGCGAAAAGUAUCAACAAUCUUUUCCCAUACAUACUAAUUAAUAAUUUAAUGAUGAAAAUGAUCAGAUGAUUUUUGUUAUUGUAAAUAAUUUCACUGUGAUUGAUUUGAUCACUUUUCAAUUAAUGUAAAUUAAUAGAUCACAAAAGGUUUUCUUGUAAAUUUACCAAACAAUUAACUCUCUCCAAUCUAAUCCCAUUAUCAUCUUAAUUUGAUUGUGAUGAUAAUAAUAAUUUUCUUAACAACGAUAAUCAUUAGUUUAUAAAGCAAACUACAAAUUUUUUGAUUAAAUCCAAUCAAUUAAUCAAGUGGAUCAUAAAUCCUAAGUAAAUCUAUAUGUAUAUGAAUAUAUGUUUGUACAAUUAA